AUGCCAUUAGAUGACAUGGCACCUGUUGAACUGGAAUUACAAGAUCAAGAAGGUCAUCCAGAUGAUGUUGAUGUGUUUGUUGAUGAUGGAGGAGUUGAUGCAGGGGAGGAAGCAUGGAGUGAAUGUGAUGAUGAAGGAGUGGUUGCAGCUGAUAACCAUGUAGUGGAUGAGGUACAAGUGGAAGCAGGGAUUGAAGCUGUUGUUGAGGGAGUGGAUGAUAGAGUCAAUAACUUGCCAAACCUGUCUACCAAACCUGUGCAUAGGAAAAGGAAACCUUCUGAGAGGAUAUUGAAGCUAAAGUUGAAGAAGACUGUGUAUGACAAAGAUGGUAGUGGUUCCAGUGCUACCAAACCUGUCAAGUUGGAUUAG